AUGCUGGCCAACUUGGCGAGACGCGCCCUCGCGCGACCGUGCGUCGUUUCCGCGUCUCGGGUUCCCGUCGCGAGGCGGUUCUCCGCGGAGGUUGAGGGCGAAGACGGGGAGAAGCCGAGCGAGGUGGCGAUCUUCAUGAACGCGAUCGGCAUCGAGGGGCACGACGAGAAGUUCGCCGACCUGAAGGCGCUGCUGCACGACACGAAGACGGAGAAGCUCAAGGAGUUUGGCAUGAGCGUCCAGCAGCGGAAGAAGCUGCUGAGUCACGUGGAGAAGUACAAGCGCGGGCUGUGGGCGCCCAAAGAGCUCCGCCGUUAA